AUGACGGCAGAUACUGCCAACCUUACUGCUGAAAAUAUUAAGCUUAAAGUUAGAGUCAUGAAAUUGAAACAAAUUCAGAUAUAUAAUGAUAAUAAAAAACAUAUUGUUAAAUUGGACAAUGAUAUCAGAAAAAUCAAACAAAUAAAUACAUUCGUUCUACAAAAAAAAUCUUUAGCUAAUAUCAAUGCUUCCUGUAAAAUAAACUUUGAGUGUAAUCCUAAACAGAUAGACUUACAAUAUGAUAAUACUUUCACAUCUGAUAUGACUAAUAAUAUUUCAAAUUCUGAUAUAUAUCAAAAAACUACUUCUUAUAAUAAAGAGAUAGAAUUUCUGAAUUGGGUAUAUAAAGAAACUGUUAGUAAAGUAAUAAGAGAAAGAAAUCAGAAAAUGAGGCUUCAACAAGAGACAGCUAUUCAGAACUUAUCAAAUACUGAAAUUUCUGAAUUAGAGCAAGAUAAUGAAUAUGAUAAAAAUCAAAUUGUAGAACAAAAAAAAGCCAAAUCUUUACCAGAAGUCAAGGUAAGUAUACUUAUAGGUGAUGUUAAUGUUAAUAAUGAUUCAGAUUUCUCUGAUAGAAAUGAUUUAGAUGAGUCUCAAAGCCUUGCUUCUUGUGAUGAGAUUUAA